GGUUUCUGUGCAAAUAACAUAAUGGCUGAAGGUUCUGUGAUCAUAAAAGAGUUACUGAAGAUAGAUACUGGAGAGGAGGACGUGUUCUGUAUCUGCCCAUACACUCCUCAAGAAGGUAUAGCCUCGGGUCACAGUUCAAAGAUCAAAGUAUGGAACAAGGACUCCUCAUUGUAUUAUGAAGUAUUACCACCAGUUCAAGGUGACGUCACUUGCAUUCUGACCACGCCCACACACCUAUUCAUAUCAGUCGACUCAUCGCUGAUCCUUUAUGAUCAUCAUGACCUGGCCACACCCACAGAAACCUGUCGGUACAAUUCGGAGGAGAUAAACCAAAUGUCAAUCAACACCUCUUGUAGUUACUUGCUCUGUGCUGAUGAUUCCGGUGACAUAUCUGUCAUUGACAUUAGCGCCAUUGCUGCUGGUGGAAAAUCUAAACUAUACAAGAAAUGCAAGCGCCAUCAUACCAACAUAUGCUCCAGCGUCACCUUGCACCCGUCGAAACACUGGGAGAUGGUCUCCGGCGGACUGGACUGUCAACUGGUACUAUGGGAUUUUUCUCGUGGGCGGAGACUAGCCUCAUUAAAUAUGCAAGAAGAGGGUGGGGCUGGGUAUAUGGUUAACCCUCCAAUGGUACACUCAGUGUGUGGUUUAGGAGGGAACAGACCAGUAAUAGCAGCUGGACUAGGUAAUGGAUCAGUGUGUAUAUGUCACGUAAGUGGAUCUGAUAUUAACCUCACAUCAACAGUGCAGGCUCAUUCAAACAGUGUUGCUAGUGUAGUCUGUAUCAGCAACAGAGAAGAACCUUUUAAAUUGGAUUCACACGCCAAAGGUGACAAAGCCAGUAGAGAUGAAGAGAUGUGCACUGAUCUUGUUAUAUCUGGAGGGAAUGACGGUAAAGUUAUCUGCUCUCCUGUUUGGAAGACAGCACCUAAAGCAGCCACACCUUCCAAGUCUACUGGCAGUCAUAGAUCAAAAGGAAGCUCUCAUAAGGUCCCACCUACUUACAGGAUAUCGGAGGAGCCAUUAACCGUACAUGAACAUGGGUCAAAGGUCAACUGGUUGGCGGAACUGCCAGACUGGUCACCUGGUAAACAUGUGGUAGGUGUGGCUGAUCAGACAUCUAAUAUCACAUUGUAUUUUAUUGAAUUAUAAGAAAUGAAUU